AUGACAACAGCUGUUGAGACCAAUGCUCCCGGGAGAAUUCCAUUCCAGACUUUAAGCCAUCCAAAAGCAAACCCAACAGCUUCGUCGAUAAAGAUCUCGGAAUGUCUAAUACUGGAACCUGUCAAAGGGGCCAAGGCUGCAACUUCAGCCAUGGCCAUUUGGUUGAGUCCAACAACAACUCCGAUAAUUAGGUACGCUAGGCACAAUCCGACUGGACCUGUUUUGGCAAGGGUUCCACCACUACUCAGAAACAGACCAGUACCGAACACACCAACCAGUGCGAUCAUACCAAUUUGCCUUUCUUUCAAUGCUUUUUCGAGUUUGGUAUCAUCUUCACGGAAAAUCGAUCCUGCAGUGAACUCCUCCUCUUUGAUACUGACUGUCUCGAGGGCGCUGGUUUGCUUCUUUUCAAACUCCGGGGAAACCGCUGUAUUAAAAGACAUGUUAAUCUUACAUCCUGUCAGGUUUUUGGGGUUGCUUUAUACACUUUGGCAACGUCCAAUACCGUGGCACCCAAGUCAAAUUUUCCAUGCCACCACAGAUAGAAAUUACUAA